UGUUACUGCAAAGGAUACGGACAGGAAAGUAACUAUAAUUUUAUUACAGAUUUUAUUGUAGAAUGGAGCUAUAUUAAUAAUUAUAUACCUAAAGAUCCAUCAUCAAAAUGCUCAACUUCACAGUAGGUGCUUUACUUUGAAUGUUGUGCCGCCAACAAAUUCAGAUUUGCAAGUUAUCUCUAGCUCUAAGGCGACGAGGUACUGAGGAAGUUGCUGAAGAAGUCUGGACUUGUCUCUCGCUGCCCUUUUUAAAGCGUGAAUGAUGUAAAAUUUCCAGGAUCAUGGGCGUAUUAUAUUACUGCAAAGGAGACACUGGCAAAAAGUGAAACUCAAAAAAAAAAAAAAAAACUUCUAGUAGUACGGGUAUUGAUUACCUAGCAGUAAGCUGUAAAAUGGAUUCAAGUCAUUCAGAUGUUGAGAAGACAGAAUUUAUAUCAUGCAACCAUUUAGCAACAGCAAAUUUUGUAACUCCAUAUUCUGAUAAUCAGGACCUAAGUAGAGGUUAUCAGCAGCCUUUUAACUACACAAGACCUACAAGUCUCCACAUGCCACAAGUUCCAAGUAAUCCAAAUGUGGCACAGUCUUGUGAUGAGGACCAAGGCAGCAGAGAACAUCAGCAAAAUGCCAGUCACACUGGGCCUGUCUGCGAUGGAAGGCAAGAACUUCAUACACCACAGGUUCCUAGUAACCCAACAUCACAUUCAGGUAAUAUGCACCUCAGCAGAAGAUAUCACCUGCCUCUUAACCACACUAGGGCUAUCCCUAUCCAUGGUGGAAGUCAUGAAAAGCAUCAAACGUAUGUGCCACAUAUUUUAAGUAACUCUACAGAGACACAUUUUGACAUUGUGGACCUAGGAGGUAGAGAUUACCGUGAUUCACAAAUUCCUCUCCAUGUUGUCAGAGGUCAGCUGCACCAAGAAUUACAGCCAUAUACUCGAGAAUACCAUAGUAAUGAAACAAAUGACACUACAUCAAGAUCUAACACUACUGGACUGCAGUCAUAUGCUGAGUAUGGAUCUGUUAUGUCCAGUUAUCCACAGUGUACCACAUAUAACAGUGAAGGUAAUGCUCUAGAGACAUCCAAGCAUGACCGGCAAUAUUAUGGUAGGGGUGCUACUCCAUAUUAUUCUUCACAAACACUCAUACAACCACAUCUUAUACCUGGAUUCAUGCUGUUCCCCUCCCCUGCAAAUAACCUUCCCAGGAUAGAGAGCUUCAGAGUGCCUACCAGCUCUAUUGAUCAGAACAAAGCGGAAUAUCAGAACUGGCUAGUGUCAGAAACAACACCUUCUUUUGCUUCCCAAUACCACUCAAAUCAAACUGGUGCAGAGUACAUAUCCAAUGGUACUGCAAUGUGGAGCAAACCUAACCUGCCAAUGAAUCAAUCUGACUCGAAACCUGCCAAUAUUCCAACAAUCUCAUCUGUGUAUUCUGUCCAGGAAAGAUACAGCAUUUCAGCUACUCAUGAUAACAUCAAAACUAGUUGGAGUCAAUGUCAACCACCUCCAGAUAUAAAUAAUACCCAACAGCUAAAUGGAAACUCUCAUCCAGACAAUAUCUACAAGUUCAUUGGAAUGUCUCAGAAUACAUCUGUUGCUGCAGCCUACAGUUCAGGUGUGGAUACCCAUCAACACCAAAUUGAGAAAGUUGCAGUGAUAACCAUUAGAAAUAAAGAUGAUGUUUGCAGGACAUUGCCAGAGCAGGAAGAGGUAAAGGGGAGGAAGUCAACACAGACUAUCGAACACAACAAGCUACCCAAUGAGUCUUCAGAAGUUGCUUCCUGUAGACAGAGGCUUCUAUCUGCUUUGCAGUUGAAGACUAUGUCUGAACUGAGACGUUUGUGCUGGAAUCAAGGACUGAAGAUUGCUGGCCGUAAGCAAGUUCUCGUUGACCGAAUUUUGGACCCAACGCAAUCAUCGAAGAGCAACGAUCAAACAAGGUUGAGAACAAUCCACUUGUGGCUGAAGAAAAUUGGUGCCACUCACUUGCAGAGUAUCAGUAGAUGUCUUUGUUCUGCUAUUGACAAAGGUUUCCUGAAUAUGAUGGAUCUCGCAUUGGCAGAUGUCAUUGCCAAGGGAGAGUGUCCUCACUGCAGUGCCUACAUGGAAGCUACCGUUGAGAUUGUCUUGCAUCAGCCUGACAACCCGUUCGGGAUGCAGUGCGUGACUGAUCUGUUAAAGUGCCCUAAUUGUAGGUCCAUCAUCUACGUCGGAAAGAUGUGUCUAGGAGCUCCCGUCUUCACCACACCGGAGAAGCACAACCAUUGUAUGAUGAGGAGUAUGUUUGGUGGCUGUGUUGAGAAAAUCACUAAUUGAUUACCCACCAAAUGAACAGCUGUUGAAACAAUCUGCAAAAGCUUGCCUCAUUCCAUUGUGUUUCAAUAUUGCAAUAUUACAUAAUAUUUAUUAAAAAUAAUCAAUAUGAUGACUCACAUUGGCUGAUACAAACAUUUUAAAUAAGGGAUAGUGAUCCUACUAUCAUACAAAAGAUUUAGGUCAAGUAUUUUUGAAGUUUGAUUGAUUCUAUUCUUUUAUUCUAGGAUGUUCAGUGUAGCAUUUUGACAUAUAUUCUAUAAAAAUGAGAUAAUAUUCUAAAAAAAACUACAUGAAAAUGACUUAUUUAAUUAUCUGUCUGUUACAUAAAUACUUGUACCAAAGUACA